UAGGUCGGCUGAAGCAGUGUGACCGGUAUCUACCUAUAUAGCUAGCACACGAUUCGUUCUUUCAAAUCCUUUAUUAUUCAAUUCCGCGGGAGUUUUGUUAUCGCGUUUGGGAAUUUGGCUUCUCUGUGUUUUCUUAUUUCGACUGGUGAUUACAGGCUUCAUUGACAGAGUUUUGUGACAUUGUGCUAGUGUGUUUAGCUCUUUUGAGAAAUGGCUCGUACUAAGCAAACAGCGCGUAAGUCUACAGGAGGAAAGGCUCCAAGGAAACAACUCGCAACCAAGGCUGCUCGUAAAUCAGCCCCUACGACUGGAGGCGUGAAGAAGCCCCACAGAUACCGUCCCGGAACUGUUGCUCUACGUGAGAUCCGAAAGUACCAGAAGAGUACUGAGCUCCUGAUCCGAAAGUUACCUUUCCAGAGGCUUGUGAGAGAAAUUGCUCAGGACUUCAAGACGGACUUGCGUUUCCAGAGUCACGCCGUCCUCGCUCUCCAAGAAGCUGCAGAGGCAUAUCUUGUGGGCUUAUUUGAAGACACUAAUUUGUGCGCGAUUCAUGCUAAAAGGGUCACAAUAAUGCCUAAGGAUAUUCAACUUGCUAGGCGAAUUCGUGGUGAAAGGGCUUAGGCCUGAUAUUUUGCUGGGAAUAAAUCUGUAAAGUCUGCAAUUUGUUCUGGGGGAUUGUAACCUGUAUAUGGUCUUUUGCUUUCAAGAUACUUUUAGUUUUAGGAAGAACACUCCUGAGUGCUUCAUUGUUAAUGCCUGCACUCUAAGACUUCAAUGGCUUGGAGAUGAUUAUUAUUUUCAUUGAAUGUAUUAUGUACUUCAAAAACUGAUGAAAUUUAGUGUUUUUGCUGUUUAA